AACUCUCUGUCGGUGAACCCUGACGCCCAGUGCAAAUAUGGCCUGUAUUUCCGGGACGGCAAAAGGAAGGCGGACUACAUCCUGGUGUACCACCACAAGCGGCCCUCGGGAAGUCGAACCCUGGCCAGGAGGGUCCAGCACAGUGACGCCUCCCCGGCAGCUCGCAGUGUCAAGCAGGACCAGCCCCUGCCGGGGAAGGGGGUCCCAGUGGAGGCUGGGCCUGAGCCCCCCAUGGACUACCACGAGGAUGACAAGAGGUUCCGCAGGGAGGAGUACGAAGGGAACCUCCUGGAGGCCGGCCUGGAGCUGGAGCAUGAUGAGGAUACCAAAAUCCACGGGGUCGGGUUUGUCAAGAUCCACGCCCCCUGGAAUGUGCUGUGCAGAGAAGCUGAGUUCUUGAAACUUAAGAUGCCUACAAAGAAGAUGUACCACAUCAAUGAGACCCGUGGCCUCCUGAAGAAGAUCAACUCGGUUCUCCAGAAAAUCACGGACCCCAUCCAGCCCCGGGUGGCCGAGCACCGGCCCCAGGCCACCAAGAGGCUCUCGUACCCCUUCUCCCGGGAGAAACAGCACCUAUUUGACCUGUCUGAUAAGGACUCCUUUUUCGACAGCAAAACCCGCAGCACAAUUGUGUAUGAGAUUCUGAAGAGGACGACAUGCGCCAAAGCCAAGUACAGCAUGGGCAUCACCAGUCUGCUGGCCAACGGUGUCUACUCAGCCGCAUACCCGCUGCAUGACUCCGUCCCUAGCAUAGCUCAGAGCUUGGCUCCUAGGAGGGGCAGGAAGCUGCCCCAGCUUAGCGAUGGGGGCCUGGCCUGCGCCGAGAGGCGCUGUGGCCGGCGCACGGUUUGCCGGCUCAGACUCCCGCAUCGACAAAGCAAACGCAGGCCUGUGCUACACGGUCUGCAGAGCCGGGGGAACAGGAAGGGGGUCUGCGCAGGACCGGAGUUCCACCCUGGACCACCCACUCGGGAGUCGGAGGCGCUGCUCCGUCCAGAGGGGGCUCUUCCCAGGACCCCCUUGCGCUCCGACGAGUCCACUUCUGGCCCAGUCAGCCCCCGCGCACCGCCACAAGGGCCCGCCUCCGGCUCUGGGUCUGGGAGCCGCAGCGCCUCCUCCGGCGUCCCGCGGGCGCUGAGCGCGAGUCGCAUGCCCCGCUUCCAGCAGGACUUCCCACAUGAAUUCCCGCCUUCCCUGCUUCCUGGAGCCAUGGGGUCACUUGCCGUGAAGCACAGCACUUCUAUUCUGGCCGUCUCCCAGAGCUGCACAGGGGCCCGAGGAGGUGGACAUGACAGCAAGACAGUUUCCACAGCAGCAGACCGGCCCCAGGGGCUGAGGGUGGAUCUGUGGGCCAGGACCGGCCUCUCGUCGUGUCCCAGCUUCCUCGGCAGCUUGUCGUGGUUGUUACUUGGGGUCAAGUCGCCUCCAGCUCCGGGCGAGUGUGUGUCACACAUGGAGAUGUGUGACCAGACGUACAAUAUCACCAUGUGUCCCCUGUGUGACAAGACCUGCAGCUACUGGAAGAUGAGCUCGGCCUGUGCCACCGCCCGAGCCAGCCACCUCUUCGACAACCCGGCCACCGUCUUCUUCUCCAUCUUCAUGGCCCUCUGGGCCGCCACCUUCAUGGAACACUGGAAGCGGAAACAGAUGCGGCUGAACUACCGCUGGGACCUCACAGGCUUUGAGGAGGAGGAGGAGGCAGUCAAGGACCAUCCCAGAGCCGAAUACGAGGCCAGAGUCUUGGAGAAGUCACUUAGGAAAGAAUCCAAAAACAAAGAGAAGUGCCGCCAUAUUCCAGAGGAAUCAACAAACAAAUGGAAGCAGAGAGUUAAGACCGCCAUGGCAGGGGUGAAACUGGUACUUUUCCACUUUGGGGCAACCCCCUCACACGUGACGACGGUGAGCCGGUACGCGCUGAGCCCUGGCAUUGGCGUGUGCUCAAGAAACGUCAAGGGGAGCUCCCGAGUGGUGCAAACGGUGGACUUGGUUGGCUGCCAGCUGAAAGACUGGGAGAUCGAGUUGACCUACGGGUGCCUCCAAAGAAAGAUUGCUGUGACCUUCGCCAUCGUCCUGGGAGUCAUCAUCUACCGGAUCUCCAUGGCCGCCGCCUUGGCCAUGAACUCCUCGCCCUCUGUGCGGUCCAACAUCCGAGUCACGGUCACGGCCACUGCGGUCAUCAUCAACCUGGUGGUCAUCAUCCUGCUGGACGAGGUCUACGGCUGCAUAGCUCGGUGGCUUACAAAGAUUGAGGUUCCGAAGACCGAGAAGAGCUUCGAGGACAGGCUGAUCUUCAAAGCGUUCCUGCUCAAGUUUGUGAACUCCUACACGCCCAUCUUCUACGUGGCUUUCUUCAAAGGCCGGUUCGUUGGACGCCCGGGUGACUACGUGUACAUCUUCCGCUCCUUCCGGAUGGAGGAGGUAACCAAGACUGGACGGGUGCUGACAGCUGUGUCCACAGCGCUCGAGGGCCUGGGCCAUCCCUCAUGGCUCCCAGUGGGUCCUGGCAGCUCUGUGUCCAUGGUACACACGGGGGAUGAGUGCCGACGGCCUUCAUGUGCACAGUGCACAAGGGGCUGGGCUGUCUCUCAUGGUACCCAGCGGGUGCUGGUGGCUCUGGGUCCGAGGAAGAUGAAGAAGCUCAUCCGCUCCCUGAGGCUGAAGCAGCGAAGCCUCUUGGACCGCGAGGAGCACGUGAAGAAGAAGCAACGCUAUGAGGUGGACUACAACCUGGAGCCGUUCGCCGGCCUCACCCCGGAGUACAUGGAGAUGAUCAUCCAGUUUGGGUUUGUCACCUUGUUUGUCGCGUCCUUCCCUCUGGCCCCCCUGUUCGCGCUGCUGAACAACAUCAUCGAGAUCCGCCUGGACGCCAAGAAGUUUGUCACUGAGCUCCGGAGGCCGGUGGCCGUCAGAGCCAAAGACAUCGUGGUGGACAGGAAAGAGCUGCCAGGCCGAGCCCCAGGGCCAGGACCCCGGGCUCAUGUGGACGUACUGGGAUGCCCCUCCCCCACCCAGUGUGGGGACCUGCUCACCCUGCUGUCCCUCCAGGCCUUCGUCAUCUCCUUCGCGUCAGACUUCAUCCCGCGCCUGGUGUACCGGUACAUGUACAGUGUCAACGGGACCAUGCAUGGCUUCGUCAACCACACGCUCUCCUCCUUCAACGUCAGCGACUUCCAGAACGGCACCGCCCCCAACGACCCCUUGGACCUGGGCUACGAGGUGCAGAUCUGCAGGUACAAGGACUACCGUGAGCCCCCGUGGUCCGAACAUAAGUACGACAUCUCCAAGGACUUCUGGGUGGUGCUUGCGGCCCGGCUGGCCUUCGUCAUCGUCUUCCAGAACCUGGUGAUGUUCAUGAGUGACUUCGUGGACUGGGUCAUCCCAGACAUCCCCAAGGACAUCAGCCAGCAGAUCCACAAGGAGAAGACGCUCAUGGUGGAGCUGUUCAUGAAGGAGGAGCAGGGCAAGCAGCAGCUGCUGGACACGUGGAUGGAGAAGGGCCGCCAGCGCGAGGAGCCGGCCAACAGCCACGCGGCCAGGGCCGGCCCGGACAGCGCCGCCUUCCCCGGGGGCGCCCUGUAG